GGACAGAUUCGUCUUUGUUGAAACAGAGAAGAAAAAAAAAAAAAAUGAGUGGCAGAGGAAAAGGAGGUAAAGGACUCGGUAAAGGAGGCGCUAAGCGUCACCGUAAAGUCCUCCGUGAUAACAUCCAGGGAAUCACUAAGCCCGCUAUCCGCCGUCUGGCUCGCCGUGGCGGAGUCAAGCGUAUCUCCGGUCUCAUUUACGAAGAGACCCGCGGAGUGCUCAAAGUCUUCCUGGAGAAUGUGAUCCGUGACGCCGUCACCUACACCGAGCACGCCAAGAGGAAGACGGUCACCGCCAUGGACGUGGUCUACGCCCUGAAGAGACAGGGCCGCACUCUGUACGGCUUCGGAGGUUAAACCCGGUCCACAUCCACCGAGACUCAACAUCAACAAAGGCUCUUUUAAGAGCCGCCCACCUUCUCUACAGAGCUCUGUCCUGUUGUCAUUAUACCACACAACACCAAAUAGUCAGAACGGACUGACGCCAUUUUUAUUCUGGCGCCAUUUUGUCACGAUGGAUACACGUGGUUGGUCUACAUGUAAAACUGACCUGUUCAUGUGUCGCAUGGCUUUGCUGCUUCUUAUAAAGACGAAAGAACAUUUCGAAGUAAAACUUAUUUUUUUUUCGCCAAAAUAAAGAUGAGUUAGUUGAA